AUGACUAAUGAUCAUGUGCUUCUCUUUAUCAACGCUGGUUCUUUAGGCACCAUCUCCCAGUUUUCCAGCUUCACCGACCCAGCUGAAGUGCAGGCCUACAUCACCUUCAACGUCAGCUCAGCCCUGGCCCUGACUGCGGGGGUCCUGCAGGCUUUCCCCCACAGACCGGGCCUGAAGAGGACCGUGGUCAACGUGUCGUCCAUGUUCGCGCAGGAGCCACACCCACGCUGGGUCCUGUACUGCACCGCCAAAGCCGCCCGCUAUAUGAUGUUUAAGGUGCUGGCCGAAGAAGAGCCAGACGUCAAAGUUCUCAGCUACUCUCCAGGGCCCAUGGACACAGAGAUGCAGCAGGAGAUCUUCAGACAGAUCAGCAUCACCCGGGAGCUGAUGUCUUGUGAAAAGCCCGGAUCUAAACUCCUGAUGCUGGUUCUGGACAGUGACUUCUCCUCUGGGGCGCACAUAGACUUUUUUGAUGCGUGCUGA